ACUACUCGUGACCCCGUAAAGUGAAAAAUCUCUCCCGUGAAACUUCUCGGCGGAUGGCGAAGCCGGUGUCGGAAUCCCGCAGCAACAUAGCCGCCGUUCAGGCCACCAACGACGAUGCAUCCGCCAGCAAACUGUCUUGCGUGAGGAAAGGAUACAUCAAAGAUGAUUAUGUUCACUUGUUUGUUAGAAGGCCAGUUAGACGAUCUCCCAUAAUCAAUCGCGGUUAUUUUGCUCGAUGGGCGGCACUUAGGAAGCUUCUGUAUCAGUUUCUUGACAGUGAGCCAAAUUCUGGUGAAGAAGAAAAAACUAAGAAACAAAUAGUAUCUCUGGGAGCUGGCUUUGAUACAAUGUAUUUUCAGCUGAAGGAUGAAGGGAAAGCACCUCAUCUUUAUGUUGAACUAGAUUUCAUAGAGGUGACAAGCAAGAAAGCAGCUCUUAUUGAAAACUACAGUCAGUUGAAGGAAAAAGUUGGUGAAACAGCAUCGAUUUCUUCAGAGAGGGGAGAGGUGCUUGGUGAUCAUUACAAAUUGCUCCCUGUUGAUUUACGCGACAUAGAAAAAUUAAAUGAUAUUGUUACUUUGGCAAAUCUAGACCCAAGUUUGCCAACAUUUAUAAUUGCAGAAUGCGUUCUGAUAUACAUAGAUCCAGAUUCUACCCCUGCUAUUGUUGGUUGGGCAUCAAAAACUUUCUCUACGGCAGUAUUUUUCUUAUAUGAGCAGAUUCACCCAAAUGAUGCUUUUGGGCAGCAAAUGAUCCGAAAUUUGGAGAGUCGAGGCUGUGCAUUAUUAGGAAUUUAUGCUACACCUACUCUAGAAGCAAAAGAAAAACUUUUCCUUGAUCAGGGAUGGCAGAAAGCUGUUGCUUGGGAUAUGUUACGAGUUUAUACUGAUUUUGUGGAAGCUCAAGAAAGACGCAGGACUGAAAGAUUGGAAUUGUUCGAUGAGUUUGAAGAGUGGUACAUGAUGCAGGAGCACUACUGUGUUGUGUAUGCAAUCAACGACUUGCUGGGUAUGUUCAAGGAAUUUGGUUUCCCUAAUGUCCAGCCUUUGAUAGGCACCUCCUCUGCAACAUCCUCUUGAAGAAUGUGCUGUUACCUGUUUUUGAAGUUUUUUAUUCUCAUCUGUUGUGUGAUGCAUAGAUUCUACUUUUACAUGUAUGAACCAGAAGAUCAGGUACCUAAAGCCUAAAGCUAUAUGGGUAUCAACCAGUUACAUAGCUCUAUUUAUUCUUUGUUUGACUUAUAGGGAGAAAUCUAUCCUUUUGCAAGCUGUUUAGCAAAUAAAACAUGGUGGGGACCCCUUACACAGCACAAGGUUGUGUCAUCUCAUGGGGCCUUUGGUCUUGUGUAUGGGUGGUCUCCUCCUCCUCCUCCUUUACAUA